AUGCCUCCAUUGAGCACUCGAUCCUCGUUAUUAUUCGUCUUCGGUAGUAUAGCUCAGGUACUUCUCGCGAUUCUCUCAUUGUCAACAGCAGAAGCAGCAGCAGCAACAGCAGCCGCAGCGCAUUCGUUCGGACCGAUUGAAGGUCAUGGGGUAGCGUCAGCAGCAGCUUCUGGACUGUCGGUUUCCGCGUCUGCCGUGGGUUUGGAUCAGAGACGGAGAGGUAGCGGCAGCAGCGCCUCGUUACAGCAGGAAUCUCCCGCUAAACGGACACUCAAGAGUGCAGAGGGGGGUGUGCGGGGGACGUGUGCCCAGUGUAGGGAGCAGCUGAAGGAGCUCCAAGAAUGGUUCGCAGGGGUUGAAGCAAGCAAGCUGGGCGAUGCGGGCAGCGAGGGGCAGCCGGGGGGAGGAGGGGGAAGGGGAAGGGGAGGGGGCGGAAGGGGAGGCGCAGGGGGGAGGGGCAGAGAGGCGGACGAUGUUAUGGAGCUGCAGAGCCGACUGGGUAAAACAGGCACAGAGGAGGGGCACAGGGGCAGGGGUGAUGUGAUGGAGCUGCAGAGCCGACUGGUGGAGAAGCAGGGGGAGCUGAAACAGCUGAAAGCGGAAUACGAAGCCUUGCAGGUGGGUUUAUGGGGCAGCGCACGUAAGGUAACAGGGGAGGGUGGGAGGGAAGGGAGGGAUACAGAGGCGGGCGAUGUGAUGGUGCUGCAGAGCCGACUGGUGGAGAAGCAGGGGGAGCUGAAACGACUCAAGGCGGAAUAUGAGUCCUUGCAUUGCAGGGGCACAGAGGUGAACGAUGUGAUGGAGCUGCAGAUUCGACUGGUGGAGAAGCAGGGGGAGCUGAAACGACUCAAGGCGGAAUAUGAGUCCUUGCAUUGCAGACAAGGCAGCGCUGGGCUGGAUGUGAAGCGGUCUGAGUCGACUUUUGAGGCGCCUCAAAACGACUUUAGAAAGCGCCACGAGAAGAAGCGGCACCAGAAGGUGAACGCGGACAAGGCAGCACUUGAUGUGAAGCUGACAGAGUCUUGUCUCAUGUGCCUGUCCUUCCACCCCUCUGUUUUCCUCCCAACCUUAUCCCACCUCUCUCAACACCAGAAGCGGCACCAGAAGGUGAACGCGGACAAGGCAGCGCUUGAUGUGAAGCUGACAGAGUCUUGUCUCAUGUGCCUGUCCUUCCACCCCUCUGUUUUCCUCCCAACCUUAUCCCACCUCUCUCAACACCAGAAGCGGCACCAGAAGGUGAACGCGGACAAGGCAGCGCUUGAUGUGAAGCUGACUGAGUCGGGGGCGGACUGGGGAAAGAAGGCCAUUACCAAGGAGGCUCUCACCAGGGCAACGGAGCUGCUGCACAGCUGCAAGCCCCAGACAGGCCCUGUAAUUUCCAAGAAGGUUCCCAGCUGGAAGGGUUACUCAUGUUCCGCUACAGAGCGCGAGCUGCAGCGCUACAUGGACUUCGAGACCAGAGGCAUGUGCCCUGACGAUUGGUUGUUCGUCCAAGACCUAAUUUUCCGCAAACAAUGCCACUCACUACCAAAGAGGCCCUGCCUUGCUCGCACGGCACACAAGAUAGUGGAGCCCUUGUCAAGACCAGCCUCUCUCUUUGCUCAAUCCGCCCUCCAAGACUCAUCUGUCCGUUGGAACAACCACGCCUUCUCCUCCUUCGCCUCCCUCAACGCCCUCUCCCCCUCCGCCCUCGCCACUGCCACGGCCGGCACGGGGGACGCCUGCGGGCGGCAGCCGGGUGGCGGCGGUUGUUGGAACAUGAGUGCGGAGGAGAGGAGGUGGAUGGUUAAGCCGCCCAAGAACACAGCAGCAGGAGGAGCUCUUACGGUGAAGGAGGUUAUUGCAAUCAAGAAGGGGGCGCUGAGAAUCGGUCUUGAUUUCAACGGGGGGUCAGGCUCGUUCGCUGCGCACAUGGCGAGGCACAACGUGACCAUGAUGACGUCAGCAAUGAAUCUUGAAGCUAAUGUGGGGCGGAAGAAGGGUCUUCCCUUUCUGGAAACCAUUGCCCUGAGGGGCCUUGUUCCCAUCUGGCUUCCCUACAAGGUUCGCCUGCCCUUCUACGACAACACUUUGGACAUUCUUCACGCCACCAACGCAAUCAAGUUUAUGCCAUCGCCUGCUGAAUUUGAGGAGGUUCUAUUCGAGUGGGAUCGCGUGCUGAGAGUCGGUGGUGUGAUGUGGUUUGAGGAAUUCACAGCCUCGGCAGCAGAAAUGCCAUCAUACCUCUCAGUGCUUGACCUUCUAAAGUACCGCCAUCUGCAUUGGAGCCUCACCCCCCCCAAGGCCAUGAUUGGCAAACCUGCUGGCACUGUCAUUUUGCACUGCCUUCUCGAAAAACCCAUGCGGAAAGACUUGUGA